AUGCUCGGAAAAGCGCUGCUACUGCUCCUGAGCAGUCCAAUAUGUGCGUUGGCGCAGUCGGCAGCUGACUACUAUGUCAAGUCGAUACCGGGACAACCGGACGGACCUCUACUGAAGAUGCAUGCUGGUCACAUCGAAGUGGACGCCCAAACAAACGGCCACCUAUUCUUUUGGCACUUCCAGAACCGUCAUAUCGCUAAUCGACAACGCACUAUAAUAUGGCUCAACGGCGGACCGGGUUGUAGCUCAAUGGACGGGGCAUUGAUGGAGAUUGGGCCGUACCGUGUAAAGGACGAUCAUACGUUGGUUUAUAAUAACGGGUCUUGGGACGAAUUCGCGAAUCUCCUUUUCAUCGACCAGCCAGUGGGCACGGGGUUCAGUUACGUCAAUACCAAUAGCUUUUUGCAUGACCUCGACCAUGUCUCCUCUCAUAUGGUUACUUUUUUGGACAAAUGGUUUGCUAUGUUUCCAGAAUACGAAAGCGAUGAUCUGUAUAUUGCCGGGGAAUCAUGGGCAGGCCAAUACAUUCCGCACAUUGCCCGAGCAAUCGUCGCGCGAAACAAAAACAUUGACUCGAAGCAGCAGCCGUGGGUCUUGAAAGGAUUGUUAAUUGGUAAUGGAUGGAUAUCACCCCUGGAUCAGUACCCAGCAACCAUGCAAUAUGCAUAUGCGGAAGGUCUUGUUAAAGAAGGGAGCUCCACGGCAACCAGUCUCGACGCGAUGAACGAUGCAUGUGCCCAAAAAUUGGCCGAUCCUGGUUCACAAAACAUGAUCAGAAUCGGACAGUGCGAAAGUGUCCUGGAUAGUUUAAUGAGAUUGACCAGAACCUCGGAGGAGGAAUGUGUCAACAUGUACGACAUCAGGUUGAAAGAUGCGUCAUGUGGAAGAACCUGGCCUCCGGAUUUGGAUCCGAUGACACGAUAUCUCCAGAGGACAGAAGUGCGCUCUGCACUCAAUCUGGACCGCGAGCAAACGAAUAGCUGGACGGAGUGUAAUGACCAAGUGGGCUUUAAUCUUCGCUUGGAAAACCCUGGCGUUCCUGCAGUUCAUCUUCUUCCGGAUUUGAUUGAAUCAGGUGUCAAGAUUCUGCUCUUCAGUGGAGACCGAGACUUGAUAUGUAACCAUCUCGGAACGGAGCAAUUGAUUCACAACAUGAAAUGGAGUGGUGGAACAGGGUUUGAGACAAAGCCAGGUGUAUGGGCACCUCGUCGGGACUGGACAUUUGAAGGUGACGCAGCGGGAUACUACCAACAAGCCCGCAAUUUGACGUAUGUUCUAUUCUACAACGCUAGCCAUAUGGUACCUUACGACUGGCCACGGCGCACGCGGGACAUGGUCGAUAGGUUCAUCAACGUUGAUAUUGCCAAUAUUGGAGGGACACCCGCAGACUCACGUCUCGACGGAGAGAAACUCCCCCAAACCUCGGUGGGCAAUACAACGUCCUCCACAUCCGAAAGUGACCAAGUCGACCAAGAAAAACUAAAGGACGCCGAAUGGAAAGCAUACGCCAAAUCCGGCGAAGCAGCUUUGAUAGUGGUUAUCAUCGGUGUAUCAGUAUGGGGCUUUUUUAUAUGGCGUGCUCGUCAACGCGCAUCUAGAGGCUCAUCACCAUCGAAGAAAGGAUAUCGAUCCGUCUAUCCGGGAGGAAGUAAUAAUACCUCGUCUUCCGAUGGUGCGGGACUUCUCAGUCGAUUCAGGAAUAAUACUAAUAACAACGCCAGCAGCGACCUCGAAGCAAGAGAUUUCGAUGAAGCAGAAUUAGACUCGUUGUCUCCUGGCCUACAGAAUGCGCGCGAGAGAGAUCAUUAUGUCAUUGGUGAGGAAGAUGAGGAGGAUGAGGAUAUUGGGAACGGAGCGAAAUCUAGUCUGCAUUGAUGGGAUAGAAUAACAUAGUGUAUUAUGAUUCCUUAGCUUUUUUCUCACUUCUUGGAAUAUAUAUUA